UUUGAAUGGGAACAGGAAGACAGUUAGCUCACUAGCUAAGGGGCAGCUAGCUCAUUUUAAAACAAUCUUGCAGCUACGUAGCGACGUUAGUUUGGAUUAUAUAUUUUAAAGAGCUGUUGUCAUGAGGUUUAAAACCCGGAUUACAUUAAGGACAUGAGUCUGAAAUAACCAUCUGUCAGAAAAGGCAGGAAUCAGUCUGAUGAGGGGGCACCUACAGCUGGCAGGAUGCAGCAGAAAAGGAACAUCCAGAUCAUCGAGUGGGAGGACCUCGACAAAAGGAAGUUCUACUCUUUUGGGGUGUUCAUGACGAUGACCAUCCGGGCCACCGUCUACCCGGCAACACUCAUCCGCACUCGGCUGCAGGUGCAGAGGGGCAAAUCGCUGUACAGCGGCACCUUCGACGCCUUCUUCAAGAUCCUGCGGACGGAGGGCGUGCGAGGCCUGUAUCGUGGCUUCCUGGUCAACACCUUCACACUCAUCUCAGGCCAGGCUUACAUAACCACCUACGAGCUGGUGAGGAAGUACGUCUCCCACUAUUCUGAGGACAAUACUGUCAAGUCGCUGGUGGCGGGCGGCUCGGCCUCCCUGGUGGCUCAGAGCAUCACCGUUCCCAUAGAUGUCGUCUCUCAGCAGCUGAUGAUGCAGGGCCAAGGGGAGCACCUCACCCGCUUCCGGCUCAACUCAAACACAGAUGGUGGAAAGCCCAAAAAGGUGUUCGGCCAAACCAGGAACAUUAUGGCUCAGAUUUUUGCUGUGGACGGUUUCCGGGGCUUCUACAGGGGAUACGUGGCGUCUUUACUCACUUAUAUCCCGAACAGUGCUGUCUGGUGGCCUUUCUAUCACUUUUAUGCUGAGCAACUCUCUAACCUGGCUCCCAGUGACUGCCCUCAUCUGAUUCUACAAGCCAUGGCUGGACCUCUAGCUGCUGCCACUGCCUCCACUGUCACUAACCCCAUGGAUGUGGUCAGAGCCAGAGUCCAGGUUGAAGGGAGGACUUCGGUCAUCGAGACAUUCAGACAGCUGAUCAAAGAGGAGGGUUUCUGGGGGUUGACCAAAGGACUGUCGGCACGCAUCAUUUCAUCCACUCCCACCGCCAUCGUCAUGGUGGUCGGCUACGAGACGCUAAAAAAACUGAGCUUGCGACCGGAGCUGGUGGACUCGAGACACUGGUAGAAGAUACCGGGACACACGAUAUAUAUGGACCAUGUGCCAUUUUAGCCCCUCAGCCCCCGAAUUAGACUUCCUGUGAAAGCACCGGAUGAAAGGAAAGCUUUGUUUUAAAUAACAGCCGGGGAACAAAAUGGAAUCAGGCCCCCUUUAAAAACCCUGACUGUGUUUAAAUGUGUAUUUGACCAUUCAUACCAACAUGUUAUUUACAGAUUAGAAGUCACACCCAGGCUCGCAGUUCGCUCGCAGUUCACUCGCAGUUCGCUCGUGUCGCUGGUUCUACAGGGUUUUUGCUUUUUAGUGCGAACAGAAACGGUGACUGCAGUAUUGUUUUAACCCGCAGAGAUGCAGACACAUUGAUGCAACAUUAUAGGAUCAAUCUUCUACGUUUGGUCGGACACUCUACAAUCAUGUUCCAGUGAAGAGAGGUGGAAUUGACCGUUAUUAUCUUGGGUAGUUUGUGUCGUGCGACCGAAGCCAAGCGCAUUAAAAACCUGGUUUUGAUCAGGGGUUUGGAGAAAAGCUUGUAUAACUCACGAUGACGCAUUCACAUCAGCAUUUAAACAAAUCUCUCCCCGAGUUUUUAUUCCCUUACUCACCAAACUGGCUUCCGUGUCCGUUCCGCAGCUCCUCUCUCUUGGCCUUUUUAAACUGCCGCCUUCAUCAGUGCGAAGUCGCUUUUUGUUUUUUAGCUGCUGAAUGUGCAAGAGAAGAACAAUAGGCGUUAGAAUCUGUGACGUGGCAGUUUUUAUCUCGUGGGUUUAUAUGUGCAGUCAAAAUAAAUGACUCGACCAUUUCCAUGCAAAUAUUACACAUGCAUUUCAUCAGACCUUGUGUAACAUACUAGUCCUCUGUCUUACUGUAGAAAUAUUCCAGUGAGCGAGCCGGUUAUUAAACGGCUGACACUGGUAACCACUGUGGACGACUCCCAGUUAAACCCUGCGAGGGAAAGUGACAGAAGCAGAAAUAAGACUUUGCUCUUGUGACAGUAAAUGUUUUAGUGCAAUAAUGUAAAUGUUUUUAUCCUUUUCAGCACAAAAUGUGAUUGUAUAUUUCCUGUAAAUCGUGUGGAUAACUUCAUGCAUUUUACCUAAUUUAUUUUAUUGUCUGCUUUUUGCUUUUUGGAUUUCACAUUGUCAAGUUUGUUUUUCAUUUGUUUUAAUAUGAAUAACUGAGUUUUGUGGCUUUUUUUGAUGCUUUUUUUUAUCACUGCGUUAGUGGCUUUUUGGGAAAGGUAAAUCAUAUUUAUAAUCAGCUGUGGUCAGUUUUUAGAACUGAUCUUUUUCCUUUUUUAAUGAAUUAUUUCCAUAUGACACCAGAUGUUUUCACUGAAGCUACUUUCAUAGAGAAAGAAGAGAAGCAACAGCCUCUGAAAGUUUGUUUAGAUGAAGCCAUAAUGUCCCGUAAUCUUUUCUUAAAUUAUAUAAAUGUGCUCAGGCCAAUGUGUCACAAACUUUAACGGGAUCCCUGAUGAACUCUGGAAUAUCUCGUAGAUUCACUUCAUCUUCAUCUUUUAAAGGCCUGUUUUACCAAAACUAAAAUCAUGUCUGUGUUUAGAUCCACUACAUUUUCUUUUUCGCAGCUUUCAGCAACUCUUGAGUGCGAGUGCGUUAACCAGAACUCGACUGUCGUGUACAGGAUACAUGUGGCUUCACGGCUCGUGUCGUCUCGUCUGUUUGCUCAAUAAAACAUCACGACUGCCGAGUUAA